ACGUGUGCAGCCUCACAACGCAAUAGCGAGUGGGCGUCCCGGAGCGGCCUCGGCUGCGUCCCCCCGCUACCACCGCGCCCGCGGCUCCCCCCGGGCAGGUGCCGCCCUUGCUGCAGCAUCUCGGCUAAGCCGAGUCGAGCCGCCCCGCCCCACCCGGGAGCGCCGAGGGGCUGGCGGCUGCGGGGCUGGCCCCGGGGGCGGGGGCGCCGCGGGACAGGCUGAGGCGGGUGUUACCCGCUGGCUCCGGCAGGGGCCGAGCACUCCCGGCAGUCCCCUCCAGCGCGCGGGCGGCAGGAGCAUCCCUUCACGCAGCCGGCUGCAGCGGCACCGCAGCUAGCCAACGUCGCUGCCUCACCGCUCGCUCCCCAGCCGCUCUGCCCCCACCGCCGCCUGCACAGGGCGGGCAGCGGCAGCCCCAGGACCCCCGCUCCGAGCCGGACCCGCGCCCCUCCCAGCCGCGCGGCCACGGGCAGAGGCAGAGCCCGAGCACCUGGGCGACCAGUCAUGACAGCUGAAAAGACCAUUCCCAUCAUUAACGGCAAGCCAGAAGAUGCUUUGGACCCAGAAGCCUCCAGUACCAACCUUGUCCACAGUAAUGAUAAAAAGGUGCACGAAAGGGGCCACUGGAACAAUAAGGUUGAAUUUGUCCUGUCUGUGGCUGGGGAGAUUAUCGGGUUAGGAAAUGUGUGGAGGUUCCCCUACCUCUGCUACAAGAAUGGAGGAGGUGCUUUCCUCAUUCCAUAUGUGGUUUUCUUUAUUUGCUGUGGAAUACCAGUAUUUUUUCUGGAGACUGCCCUGGGACAGUUUACUAGUGAAGGAGGUAUUACAUGUUGGAGGAAAAUUUGCCCUCUCUUUGAAGGCAUUGGAUAUGCUACCCAAGUUAUUGAAGCACAUUUAAAUGUUUAUUACAUCAUCAUUUUAGCAUGGGCUAUCUUCUAUCUAUUUAACUGCUUUACCACAGAGCUCCCAUGGGCCACUUGUGGGCAUGAAUGGAAUACAGAAAACUGUGUGGAAUUUCAGAAGCUUAAUAUGAGCAACUGCAGUCAAAUCUCAUUACAAAAUGCUACUUCUCCAGUCAUGGAAUUCUGGGAGCGCAGGGUACUAGCCAUAUCAGAAGGAAUUGAACAUAUUGGGAAUCUUCGCUGGGAAUUGGCAUUGUGUCUCCUUGCUGCUUGGACUAUCUGCUACUUCUGCAUUUGGAAAGGAACCAAGUCAACUGGAAAGGUGGUAUAUGUAACAGCCACAUUCCCAUAUAUGAUGCUACUGAUUCUUCUUAUUCGAGGAGUAACUUUACCAGGGGCUUCUGAAGGAAUAAAAUUCUACUUGUAUCCUGAUCUAUCCAGAUUGUCUGACCCACAGGUUUGGGUGGAUGCUGGUACACAGAUAUUUUUCUCCUAUGCCAUCUGCUUAGGAUGCUUGACAGCUUUGGGGAGUUACAACAACUACAAUAACAAUUGCUACAGGGACUGCAUUAUGCUCUGCUGUUUGAACAGUGGCACAAGUUUUGUUGCUGGUUUUGCCAUCUUUUCUGUCCUUGGUUUUAUGGCUUAUGAACAAGGGGUACCCAUUGCAGAAGUAGCAGAAUCAGGACCAGGACUUGCAUUCAUUGCCUAUCCAAAAGCUGUCACCAUGAUGCCUCUUUCUCCACUGUGGGCAGCUUUGUUUUUCAUGAUGCUUAUAUUCCUUGGAUUGGAUAGUCAGUUUGUGUGUGUUGAAAGCCUUGUGACAGCUGUGGUGGAUAUGUACCCAAAGAUUUUCCGAAGGGGAUACAGAAGAGAACUGUUGAUUCUUGCCCUUUCAAUUGUGUCAUACUUCAUUGGCCUAAUAAUGUUAACAGAGGGUGGAAUGUAUGUUUUCCAGCUGUUUGACUCCUAUGCGGCUAGUGGAAUGUGCCUUCUUUUUGUUGCUAUAUUUGAAUGUAUCUGCAUAGGCUGGGUUUACGGCAGCAAUCGCUUUUAUGAAAACAUUGAAGAUAUGAUUGGAUACAAGCCAUUGACAUUAAUUAAAUGGUGUUGGAUGUUCCUAACUCCUGGUAUUUGUGCUGGAAUCUUCAUCUUUUUCCUGGUGAAAUAUAAGCCUUUGAAAUACAACAAUGUAUAUACCUACCCUGACUGGGGCUAUGGGAUAGGGUGGAUGAUGGCCCUCUCGUCCAUGGUUUGUAUUCCUUUGUGGAUCUGCAUUAAGUUAUGGAAGAUGGAAGGAACCAUUCUAGAGAAAUUCAGGAAACUGAUUGUACCUAGCCCAGAUCUGAAAAUGAGAGGGAAGCUUGGUGCGGGAGCAUAUGCUGCUACAGUAAAUGAUUGUGAUGCCAAACUGAAAGGUGAUGGCAACAUUUCAGCCAUCACAGAGAAGGAGACGCAUUUCUGAAAGAACUAUCUUUUUUGUUUUAUUUUUUGUAUAAAUAAAUAAAUAAAAAUACUUCACUUAAUUAUAGAGGCUGGCUUGUUUUGCACAAAAUUUAUUAACCAGUUAAUUUUAAAGUGAACAUUGUAUACUUGUUAAAAAGUGAUUUUUUUAAUUAUUAUAUAAGUAACGAUUAUAUAAAAGAAAAAAGAAAUAAUAUUGUAUUGUAUGUUAGUGCUGACUUCUUGUAAUAUGGUGAUUUCACUAAAUGUUUUAUAGACACUAGAGGAACCUGUAUAAUGUGUUGUAAAACUUUUCUACUUGGGUUUUUGAAAGGCAUGGUGUUGUAUAGGUAUAUGCAUUUUAACCUGUAAACAUUUCAGACCAUUUCAGCUUUUAAUGUAUGUAUAUAAAAGGGACCACAGCAUUCUUUUGUUUAUAUUGGAGGGAGUUUUUGGAGGGCUUGUUACUCUGCUGUCUCACAAUUCUAUCAGAAUGUGGGCUUGAUCCAAGGCCUAUUUAAAUUAAUGCGAAGGAAGUUUUGACUUCAAUGGGCUUUGGGAUCAUGCUGUUUUGUCAAGAUAAAGUUACACGUUUUGUUUAGACCAUACUAAGGACACAUAAAACAAGAGUGUCUGCACUUUAAAGCUUGUUGACUCAUGCUGGGUGCCUUCUGAGUGUCUCAGUAUUGUACCACUUUAAGUGAAGGUUAACUCUGGGCCAUGGUACGUACCUAGCUUGUGUUAGCGUAAUUUCAGUCUGCUCCAUAGAGAUAAAAUGAGCAAUUUGCUGUCCUGCAGCAUUCCAGAAUGCACUGUUCCCAGGCCGCCUCUACCCAAAGCAGGGAUAAAGCCUGGUUGUCCUGGCUCCUAGCCACUCCCCUACUCACUAGCUCUGUAGUGGUAAAUCAGAGCAGUGCAGGAAAGAAACAGUAUUAGCCCUUACUUGCAUCUACACACAGCACAUUUUAACUUUGACACCACUUAAUAUUCCUCAGAUUUAGUACGGUCUAAGUGUAACGUGUAACUUCACCUUUAAUCAAACUGUGACCCAGAACCCUGCAUUCCUUUUGCCUGAGUUAGGAAUUCUGUAGGGUUAGGUUUUAUAGCUAGCAAAGUACUGCCUGUGGGGGGUAAGUGCUCUAUCUGGAGGCUAAAGGAAUACCACCUCAUUUAGUUCUCCCUCAUUUACUCCUGAGCUACUUCCAACAGACAGGUAUAAACAUGUGGUGGAAUGGGCCCACCUAUUAAUUACUAUUUUCCUGAAGACAAUAUAGAGAAUAUUUUUAAGAGCUAUUAUGUUUUUGUUGUAUUUGUGAACUGGAUAGUCUCUAAAUUUGCAAAUAUUGCUUCAUAGGAGUGUUAAAGCAAUUUAAUUUGUUCUUGUCUCUGAUUGGCCAGCACUUUAUAUUCCGUUUUCCAUUCCCUAAAUCCAAUGUGUUUUUACUUGUAAAACUGAAAGAGUCUGAGAGUAGUCUUCUAGUUUUCUUAGAUGGAGAGGUUUUGAAGAGAAAUGGAACACAUUUAGAACUCUAAAAUAUAUUUAUAAACCCCUCACUGGAAAUCCAGAAUGCAAUAAUGACAAUAGAUAACACUUACAUCUACUGUCUACCUUCAAGCCCAUUAUUAACUACUGUCAAAUUAAGCCAUUAUGCUGCUGCUCUUCGUGGAGUCAGAUUCUCACUGAUGCUAAAAUGGCAGUUUUGCUUGUUGAAGGAAUGCAGUGUUUGGCUCCUGAUCUACACAUGAACCCCAUGAGGUAAGGUAAAUAUGAUAUAUUGUACAGAUAGAGAAACUGAGGAGAAAGAGGUGUCUUACCCAGUGCUACAAAGGGAGUAGGAUCAUCUGGGUUUUGAAAUCAUGGAUUUGUUUAUUCCAGCAGUUGUACAAACCUACUCUCUUUGACUUAAGCAGAGAUUAUUUUUGUGAUGCUAUCUGAAGGAAGGCUGGUAUUUUAGGGUCAUUUACUAAUUAUCAGGCACAAGACCUGCCAAUAUCCCAAGCCCCAGUGCUGUUAGCUCUGAACAUUAUCUUUUUCCUUUCUUCUUAAACUGACAGGAUAUAUAUGACCCAAAGCCUAGGCAUGUGGGGGGAAUAAGUUUACAGCACUGUAUAAACUCUCCUAACCAAAAUAACCUGCAAACAGUAGCAAAACAGAGCCUUGGAGCAUUGCUGCAGAACUGUCUCUUCAGGUAGGUUGAAAAGCACCUCAAAUGGCCAAUACCAGGAACAAGAUUAGGAAAGGCUCAACUGGGCUGGAAGUGCUACUUAAUGCUGGCCCUCUGCACAGGGAUAGAUUUCACCAAUAGAUUCUAGUAUAUCUUAAUAUUACACAGAGAUGUAUCAUAUAUUUGACAAAUAAUUGGGGUUUAAAAUAAUUUGCACAGCCACUAUAAAAUAUUCUUCAGUAGUAUCACAGCCUCAAGCCGAAUUAUGGAACGUAUUUUAUGUUUUUGGUGAAGGGGGAAUGGAAAGCCAAGAGAGGAAGGGUCUUACACCAACCUAAAAUUGUAGUGGCUUUGGAUACCUUAUUUUUUGCUUGCUCAAAAAAAGAUAUCUUGCAAGAGAUUGAUUUCCAGAGAUUGCUGAGCAUCCACCUUUUGAAAACUGUGUCUCUUCAAAAUAGUCUUCAAUUGGGCAUCCAAAACUGGAAGUACCCAAAAUAUCUAGUCAUUUUUGAAAGCCAUGAUAUUUUUUUGGAGAGAAAUGUCACAAGUAUUAGAAGUGCAUCUGAGUAUAUAACUGAAAAAACCAUUGGGAGAUAACUCCAUCCUACAUCUUAAAGUUGGGAAAAAAAUAGAAAUAAAGUUUAGAAAUUUGCACAUCUUUGCAGUUCUAGCAGUUCAUUUUAUGCACAUCAGUCCAGAUUCUAUUCCACCUACUCCACAUAAAUAGAUUUAGCUAGUCCUGUUCCAUCUUGUUCAAGUCCCUUAAAAGUUUAUUAAUACAGAAAGUGAAAUGCGUAUCUUUCUUAUCCUUGCUGAAUUUGUAUCACUCAGUUUUAAGGGUAAGAUGAAACUGCAUUAGCAAAAUAGAUGAAAUAUGGAUUUUUCAGUGACUUGAGCAGAGUAGAGUAGAACUGCACUUAGGCACCCAAAUCCAUUUAUAUAUCCAAUAGGUGGAAUAUAAUCUGGCUUUCUAUACCUAAUACACCUUUCUAGUCUUCAUUCUUGGUCCCCCAGCUGACAGGCCCAAACCUCUAGGUCACUAAAAUAUAUUUUCCUAAGAAGGCAGACAGUGCAAUUAUUUCUUUUGACUUCAGUUGAGCUAUCCAAGGAGUCGAGAAUAGUCAUGAGUUUACAUGAGUGAAUUACAGUGUGCCAGUUUGUUAAUAUAGCCAACAUACUAACUGGCCAUCCAUUUGAAACAUGAUGAUAAUCCCAGACAACUAUGAUUUAGCUUUUAAUCCAAGCAAAUAUUGCUGUUGUUGAAAAGGGCAAUUCAUUUAGGUUAUCAGUCCACUUUGGACUGUCAUACUCAUCCAAAUAUCUCAACAGGAACUAUGUACUAUGUAUGGAACAUGCUUCCUGCUCUGCUGCUAUGAACCAUUUCAUCAAUAGCUUUAUACACAUACAUAUGGUUCGGCAUGGUCUAAAGCAUUAUACAGUGUUACUAAUGUGCUGUACUUGUAAAUGUGUGCAUUUAAUACCUGACCCGAUAACACUUGACUGAUAUUUUUAAAGAUUUUUUUUUUUUGUGGGGAGGGGAAGGGAGAGGGACAAAUUUACUACUAGUGUUUGUGAGGUUUUUUUUUUUAAACAAAAUGUGAAAGGGGAACAAAAAACAAUUAUGUCCUUGUGUUGACUCUUUUUGCUAUGCAGUAGAAACAAUAUUGCCCUCUUCUGAGGUAUUUGAACAUUAUUAAAAAUAAAAUAUGACAACAACAAAAAACAACCACUAAGGUUUAUGUAAUGUUUUGCACAAUGUUUUUAUUUGGUAUUCAAGGGCACAAGAUUUUUGUCUGCUUACUCAUUUUUAAAAUUAAAGAAAACGUGCAAAACUG